GUUUAUAUGUACGCAAUUGUAUCUCCCUCAUUUAGGUUCAAUUAAUUCUGUAAACUUUCUUUUACGGGAUCGCCACUGCUGAGGUGAGCUGAAACAAAGAUCACUUCCAACCUAUCUAUUACAAGCUCAUUAUCUCUUCUUCAGUGCACAACCAUGACCAAUCUCCUCCACUUCGAGUGUAACAGUUUAUCCACAACUCUGCUCUUCAUUCAAGGUGAACUUGCGACCACAACUACCCUAAGUGAAGAAGAGUGUGAAGAUACCAUGAUUGAGAAGGGCAAUGUACCAAAAGUAGGAAUGGAUUUUAAGAGUGCUAAGGAAGUGUGGAAAUUUUAUAGGAGCUAUGUUGCUGCAGUGGGGUUUCCUAUUAGGAAAAGAACUUCAAGGAAAGGUGAUACUAGAUCACUGAAAUAUGUGACCUAUGCAUGUAGUCGUGAAGGUGGUCGAUGUUAUGCCACAACAUGUUCGUUAAAUCCACAACCUACAAUUCAAACAGAUUGUAAGGAAAGGUUGAGUGCGAAAGAAGAUUUUUUAGGGACACGGCAAAUCACUAAAGUACAUCUUGAACACAAUCAUACAACGAGUCCAUCAAAAGCUAGAUUAUACCGAUGUAACCGACAUUUAAAUCAACACGUGAAAAGAAAACUUGAGGUGAAUGACAUUGCGGGGAUUCCGUUACAUAAGAGUUUUAAUUCCACAGUAGUUGAAGUUGGUGACUAUUCAGCCAUGACUUUUACUGAAAAGGAUUGUCAUAACUAUGUAGAGAAAGUUCAACGAUUGAGACUCAGAGAAGGAGAUGCGGCAGCAAUACUAGCAUACUUUGCGAAGAUGGAAGCAAGUUGUCUUGGUUUCUUUUUCAUUGUGGACCUAGAUGAAGAUUUUAGAUUAAAGAAUGUCUUUUAGGCUGAUAGCAGAUGUAGAGAAGCGUAUAAAGAAUUUGGUGAUGAAGUGACAUUUGAUACUACAUAUUUAACUAAUAAGUAUGAUAUUCCAUUUGCUCCCUUUGUUGGUGUAAAUCACCAUGGACAAUCAAUAUUGCUUGGAUGUGGCUUAAUCUCCAAUGAGGAUACAGAGACUUUCAUUUGGUUAUUCCAAACUUGGCUCCAAUGCAUGGAUUCUAAACCUCCCAUGGGUAUCAUAACUGAUCAGGAUCGUGCCAUACAAAAUGUUAUUCAACUCGUUUUCCCGCACACAAGGCAUAGGUAGUGUUUGUGGCAUAUAAUGAAGAAAUUACCCGAAAAGUUUGGAGGUUUCGAUGAAAAGGAUGAAAUAUGUGCAUGUUUGCACAAUGCGGUGUAUGACUCGUAUAGUGAAGAAGAAUUUGAAACUACUUGGAGUGGAAUGAUCGAGCCGUACAACUUAAGUGAAAACGACUGGUUAUGUGGAUUGUAUGAUGAGAGACAUCGUUGGGUACCUUGUUACUUGAAAACAAUGUUUUGGGCAGGAAUGUCCACAACACAAAGGAGUGAGACCAUUAACGCGUUUUUUGAUGGAUAUGUGCAUUCAAAGACAUCUCUAAAGCAAUUUGUUGAGCAAUAUGAGCGUGCACUGAGAGAUAAGGCAGAGAAAGAAUUUACGGCAGAUUUCAAAUCUUUUUCAAAAAUGGUUCCAUGUGCGACAAAUUUGAAAUGGAAAAGCAGUUCCAGAAUGUGUAUACCAUAAAGAAGUUCAAAGAGUUCCAGAGAGAAUUGACAGGGAAGCUUUAUUGUGAAGUUGAUUUCAUUGAGAUGAUAAUUACAAGAAUGUUCUAUGAGGUGCGUGAGUAUCUUGUGUUAGGUGAUACAAUGCACAGGAAAGUGUUUAAGGUAAUUCUUGAAAAAGAAAACAAUGCUAUUGUUUGCCAUUGCCACUUAUUUGAGUUUAGAGGGAUAUUGUGUAGACAUGAUGUUACUGUUUUAAUCCGGGAGGGUACAACAACAAUCCCAGAUAGGUAUAUUUUGAAGAGGUGGAGAAACGAUGUCUUCAGACCCUAUACACGGUUGAAGAUUAACUAUAAUGGAUGGGUAUCUGUUCCAGGUCAAUUACAAUAUGAAAAAUUGUGCCAUAAGUUUUCAGAAAUAGCCCACAUUGUGGUAGGUGAUGAAUCACUAGAGAGGGUCACAUUUGAGUGGCUUAAUUCAUAUCAGAAGAGUUUGAUACCGCACUCAAACAGUGGUACUAACAAAACAGAUUCAAGGUGCCAAAGCGUUGAUAGAGUGUUUGGUGUCCUCAUCAAGGAUCCAAAAUGCACAAGACGUAAGGGUGCCCCAAAGAAGCUGCGAAAAAAGAGUCUUAGAAUCCGGAUAAAAAAAGAAGGAGGCAAAGGUGAAGAAGGGGCCCCAAAGAAGCUGCGAAAAAAGAGUCUUAGAAUCCGGAUAAAAAAAGAAGGAGGCAAAGGUGAAGAAGGGGAAGAAUUGUCUAGCUAAAGGUCAAGGUUCCAAUGCAAACGGAGUGCUGCUGUCCAGUUUGUUGUUGUAGUUUGCUGACAUAAUGGUGUCCUUUUUGUUGUUGUACUAUGUUCACAAAAUGAUGCCUUUUUGCUGUUGUUGUUCACAGAAUGUUUCUUUUUCCUGCACUUAGUGGAGAAUUAUUUUUUGCAAUGUUCAAUUACUUAAUUAAUGUAAUGUGUUUUCAGAAUAUUGCCCCACCCAUGCAUAAUUAUGCCGACAUGAGCAUUGAUGUAGUUGAGACAUGUGCAAUUCGCG